AUGGCCUUCUCUCACCGAAUUACGAGACAUUGGGGCAUCUUUGCCCUCGUCCUCUUAUCAUGGGUUGCUCUGGCCCAUGCCACGCCUAAUCUAAGUGUGCUCAUGCCUCGACAAGUUCAGCAGACGCUCUGCUCAAAUCAGAACACUGCAUCCACCAACGCAAAUUUAAGUAUAUGGCAAACAGGCGGACUCUGUUCAGACUUUUGCCGAGAAAAGAAUGCCGCAUUCGCCGUCGUCCAGUGGCAGUCUUGCUGGUGCUCCGACGUGGCUCCGGCCUCGUCAAGUCAGGCCGAAAUAAGCGACAAGUGCAAUGACAUCUGUCCCGGUUACGAUAUCGAACGCUGCGGCUCGCGGCCGAAUUGGUACGGCUAUAUCCAACUCGCAAAGACCCCUACCAGCACUGCUGGUGGUGGAAGCGACACCACAACCAAGGCCCCGUCAACAACAUCAACAGCCCCUCCGGCCCCUCCCGCUCCUCCAGCUCCUCCCGCUUCAACUACUGUUAAAAUUACGAUAACUGAGACUGAGGCCCCUCAGGAAACGUCGACAUCCAGCUCGAAAACGACGACUUCGUCAACAAUCUCUGUAUGCCUUGCCUCAACAGCCCUAUCACCACGCCGUGCCCGAUUCUUAGUGUUCUCAGAUGAUACAGACAUUGUUUACGGGCGUAUGCUAACCGAAUUUUAG